AUGGCCGCUUUUAAACCUUACCGGUUCAUAAUAUUCGACCAGCAAAUCAAAAACAACCAGUUCUAUAAAAGUAUUAUCACUCAACUAAACUUAUCAUUAUUGUGUAAAGAAAUAUAUUUAAAUGAGGCCUUUUCUUGUUAUCAAUAUGAAAAAUUGUUUUUAAAAAAUUUGGUAUAUUAUUCUGUUAAUAAUUUAGGGAAUGACUUUAAUGCAAGGAGAUUAAAAUGUUCAGGUCAGUCAUCAGUAGAUCCGGGUGAAAACAAAUUAGAACAAUUAAUAAACAAUGAAAAUAUAAAUGUACAUAUAAAUGAAAGUAAAAAUGUAAAUAAUAUUUACCAUAACAAAUGUAUGGAUAUUCCAUCUGAUUAUCAUAAUAGUGAUGAGAGCGAAUCUAUGAACCACUUAAAUUUGAUGGAUGACCUUGAAGAGAGACAUAAAAAUGAUCCUUUAUACAAUUUGAUGAUGAAAAAUAAAAAUACAAAAAAUAAAAAAUUAAUUACACAAAGUGAUAUAAAUAAUUUAGUGAGUUUUCAUAUAUAUGAUAAUAAAAAUAAAAACACAUUUAAAAAUAUAUUAAGUUUAAAUAAUAUAUAUAAUAUAGAUCAUAUAAAUAUUUUAUGUUUAAAUAAUUAUAAACCUAUUUUGAAUAUGUUAAAAAAUUAUAGUAUAAAUAAAAGGAUAUCAAUUUAUUAUCCUUUUUAUAUAAUUAAUGACGAUAAAAAUAAUAAAUCUCAAAAUAAUUUAUAUACAAAGGUUGCAGAUUAUUGUUAUAAUAUAGUAAGCGAUAUAUUACCACUACGUUAUAAAAACAUAAACUUAUCAGAUAUAAUAAGAGCAAUAAUUAUUAACACAGAACUAUGUCAGAGUGAGGUAAAUAAAAAAAUGGAGGUACUCAAAUUUGUUGAUAUCAUGGACAUUAUAGGAAGGAACUAG